CCUCCCCGCCCCGCCGGAAGGGCGAUCUCACCACCUCUUGAACUUGGUGGUGGCAGCGCGGGGAUGGCGGCGGGGACGGGGGCUCCGGGAGGCGGCGGCCCCGGCAUGGACGCCCGGCUGGACCAGGAGACGGCCCGGUGGCUGCGAUGGGACAAGAAUCCUUUAACUUUGGAGUCAGUGAAACAACUAAUUGCAGAAGGUAAUAAAGAAGAACUACAAAAAUGUUUUGGGGCUCGAAUGGAGUUUGGGACAGCUGGCCUCCGAGGUGCUAUGGGAGCAGGAAUUUCUCGUAUGAAUGACUUGACCAUCAUCCAGACUACACAGGGAUUUUGUAGAUACCUGGAAAAACAAUUCAGUGACCUUAAGCAAAGAGGUGUUGUGAUCAGCUAUGAUGCUCGAGCCCAUCCAGCAAGUGGAGGCAGCAGCAGAAGAUUCGCCCGACUUGCUGCAACUACGUUUAUCAGCCAGGGGAUUCCUGUGUACCUCUUUUCUGAUAUAACCCCAACCCCCUUUGUGCCCUACACAGUAUCACAUUUGAAACUUUGUGCUGGAAUCAUGAUAACUGCCUCUCACAAUCCAAAGCAGGAUAAUGGUUACAAGGUCUAUUGGGAUAACGGGGCUCAGAUCAUCUCUCCUCAUGAUAAAGGGAUUUCCCAGGCCGUUGAAGAAAAUCUAGAGCCAUGGCCUCAAGCUUGGGACGAUUCUGUGAUCAAUGGCAGUCCACUCUUUCAUGACCCAAGUGCUUCCAUCAAUAAGGACUACUUUGAAGACCUUAAAAAGUACUGUUUUCACAGGGCCGUGAACAGGGAGACCAAGGUGAAGUUUGUGCACACCUCCGUCCAUGGCGUGGGUCACAGCUUCGUGCAGUCGGCUUUCAAGGCUUUUGACUUUGUUCCUCCCGAGGCUGUUCCCGAACAGAAGGAUCCGGAUCCUGAGUUCCCAACAGUGAAAUACCCAAAUCCUGAAGAGGGUAAAGGGGUCUUGACUUUGUCUUUUGCUUUGGCUGACAAAACCACGGCCAAAAUCGUUUUAGCAAACGACCCAGAUGCUGACAGGCUUGCUGUGGCAGAAAAGCAAGACAGUGGUGAAUGGAGGGUGUUUUCAGGCAACGAGUUGGGGGCCCUCUUGGGCUGGUGGCUCUUUACUUCUUGGAAAGAAAAGAACCAAGAUCACAGCGCCCUCAAAGACACGUAUAUGUUGUCCAGCACCGUCUCCUCCAAAAUCCUGCAGGCCAUUGCCUUAAAGGAGGGCUUUCACUUCGAGGAAACAUUAACUGGCUUUAAGUGGAUGGGAAACCGAGCCAAACAGCUAAUAGACCAGGGGAAAAAUGUCUUAUUUGCUUUUGAAGAAGCUAUUGGAUAUAUGUGCUGCCCUUUCGUUCUGGACAAAGAUGGAGUCAGUGCCGCCGUCAUAAGUGCAGAGUUGGCCAGCUUUCUAGCAACCAAGAAUUUGUCUUUGUCUCAGCAGCUAAAGGCCAUCUAUGUUGAGUACGGCUACCAUAUCACCAAAGCUUCGUAUUUCAUCUGCCACGAUCAAGGCACUAUUAAAAAAUUAUUUGAAAACCUUAGAAACUACGAUGGGAAGAAUAAUUAUCCAAAAACUUGUGGCAGAUUUGAAAUUUCUGGCAUUAGGGACCUUACAACUGGCUAUGAUGAUAGCCAACCUGAUAAAAAAGCUGUUCUCCCUACUAGUAAAAGCAGCCAAAUGAUCACCUUUACCUUUGCUAAUGGAGGCGUGGCCACCAUUCGGACCAGUGGGACAGAGCCCAAAAUCAAGUACUAUUCGGAACUGCGCGCCCCCCCUGGAAAUAGUGAUCCCGAGCAGCUGAAGAAAGAACUAAAUGAACUAGUCAGUGCUAUUGAAGAACAUUUUUUCCAGCCACAAAAGUAUAACCUGCAGCCAAAAGGAGAGUAAACUAUCCCAGCCUUGGGCAUAAUCACAUUUCCCUACAAUUAAGCUGAACUUGAUUUCUUAAGCAAUAUUUUUGUGGGCCAAAUAAUUUAAACUAUUGCUACAAGUAUUCAUAUUUUUUUCAAUAGACGUACAUUCCUCCUUGUUUUACAUUUGAACUUUAAGAGUAAUAAAGAAAGAUGGCCAAAUCUAACAAACCAACCUUCCUGUUAAAAGGUUGAGCAUCAUCUGAAUUUAAAAAUGAAGAUUUUAAAAAUAACUAACCUUCAAAAAUAUAUUGUAAUUAAUAUGCUUUCAUUAGAAUAAAUACCAAAUAUGUUUCUUCUCUAAAAUUCAUUUUAUGUGUAUGUAAAACAGCCAGAAAGCCUAUACACAUUACUAAACUCUGGGCUGUCCUAUGUAAAAGAUAGCCACUUCUACAUAUAUGUAUAUUUACAUUUCUAUCAACUGCUUAUAAAGUAAAAUAGAUAAACAGAUCAAAUGCUGUGUUUAGGGAAAAUACAAUUCACAGGAACCUAUAAAGUAGAGCAAAAGAUACUUUAAAAAGAUAGUUUUUUGAUCUAAAAUUUUAAUUCUAAUAAUGCACCAUUAUACAUUGUGUAUGUGCUAGGAAAAAACAGCUCAACCAUCUUUGUUCAGUGUGUUAACGUUCACUUUAUCUCUUUAAAUCUUGAAUGAAACAAUUGGUUAUUUGAAACUU